AGCAUCGAGACACUGCUGUGCUCCAGGCUCCGGCCACCCUGCGGGGGGAUUUCUGAGUUUUUUUUUCCUUCUCCUUCCAUUCCUGGGUAAUUAAGACAUCUUGGAGGCGUACUCAACUUAUGACGUGUUGCUUUUUCUUUUCCUCUUGGGGAGAAAGUGACUCUCCCUGCCCUGAAUCAGGUCCCCUGCCAUUCAGAGCUACAGACAUUCUGCACACACACACACACACACACAAACUUAAGGUGAGCAGCAAAAAACUUUCUCUGCACUUCGUGUCCUCUGCUUCACACUGCUGGAGAGUUUUGAGAGCAUCUUAACUUUGGGAGUUCUGGACAAGUGAAGAAGAUUCUUUUGGCUAUUAAAGAUGAAGAGUCUACUUUUUCUGGUGCUGAUUUCUAUCUGCUGUGCUGAACCUCACAUUGGCAACUAUACUCUGGACCAUGAAAGAAUUAUUCAUAUCCAAGAAGAUGAUGGCCCCCGUCUAUCUGUGGUAGCAGAACAAAGUAAAGUCUUCUCACACAGAGGUGGCAACGUUACACUGCCAUGUAAAUUUUACCGUGAAAGUAUAUCAGCUGGCUCAGGAACCCACAGAAUCCGGGUCAAGUGGACCAAACUCACCUCAGAUUACCUCAAAGAAGUGGAUGUCUUUGUUGCUAUGGGACACCACAGGAAGAGUUAUGGAAACUACCAGGACAGAGUGUUUCUGAAAGAAGGCAGUUCAAAUGAUGCUUCUCUUGUAAUCACAGCUCUAACACUGGAGGAUUAUGGGAAAUAUAAAUGUGAGGUGAUUGAAGGCUUAGAGGAUGACACAGCAAUGGUAACUCUGGAUUUACAAGGUGUUGUAUUUCCUUACUUUCCAUGGCUGGGUCGCUACAAUUUAAACUUCCAUGAAGCUCAGCAAGCUUGUCUGGACCAAGAUUCUGUUAUUGCCUCCUUUGACCAGUUGUAUGAAGCAUGGAGAUCAGGGUUGGACUGGUGUAAUGCAGGCUGGCUUAGUGAUGGAUCAGUGCAAUAUCCCAUCACCAAACCCAGAGAACCUUGUGGAGGAAAAAACACAGUACCUGGAGUCAGGAAUUAUGGGUUCUGGGAUAAAGAUAAAAGCAGAUACGAUGUCUUCUGUUUUACAUCAAACUUCAAUGGCCGUUUUUACUACCUAAUACAGCCAACCAAGCUGACCUAUGAUGAAGCUGUGCAGGCCUGCCUCAAAGAUGGAUCUCAGAUUGCUAAAGUAGGUCAGAUAUUUGCUGCCUGGAAACUUCUAGGAUAUGAUCGCUGCGACGCUGGGUGGCUGGCUGAUGGCAGUGUCCGCUACCCGAUCUCAAGACCAAGAAAACGCUGCAGUCCUAAUGAAGCAGCAGUGCGCUUUGUGGGCUUCCCAGAUAAAAAGCACAAGCUAUAUGGUGUCUACUGUUUCAGAUCGUACAACUGAAAGUACCUAGAGCACAGCAGUUUUAAAUUCAUUAAGAACAUGUGAAAGAUUUAUUUUCAAUAUGAACUCAUGCAAGUUACCAAAACUGUGAUAAUCUUUUUUACUUACUGUAAAGAGUCAUUUUCAUAAAAUCAACCCAUUAAUUUGUUUUAUUCUUUUUUUGUAAAAGUAUCAUUCAAUAGAUAUUUUAAAUUAAUAUAAUUUAAUGGAAGCUCUAGAUAAGAAAGCUUUAGAGCUGAAUUCUUUAAGCUACAUCAUCCCAGCAAAAUAUAAUUUUCAUGAAUGGGGCAUGCAAUAGCUUGAUGAUUGCUAGGACUAAAUUAAGGAACAUAAGGCUACUCAAAGCAGAAGCUUUUACAAGCACAGAUUUUAGACAUUUGUACCAUUUUGAGAUACACUACAAAAAAUUAGAUACUCAGUUUUGAAAUACAAUGAUCUUUUAUUAACUGGGAUUCACUGAUGUUUUGCAAAAAAUAUAUAGAAAAAAGAUAUUUUCACAUGGGAACAAUAUGCCGUUUAGUGAAUACAGCAUUUAAAGUCAGUCUACAAAACAGGACUUGUUGCCAUUUAAAAUCCUGCCUUUCAGACAAAUAAGUUCAUUUGUGAUCCCAUGCAUAGCAACAAGCACAACUAGAUCUGCUGAACAUUUCAAUUGUGUUAAUAUUGUGUAUAAAAUAUUGAUGAGUGGGUGAAUAAUUAACCCUACUUUCUUCUUAAUUCAAACUAAAGAUGCCUGAGAAGUGUUGUAUUACCUUUGAGUAGCUUUACUGAGUUAUUUUUAAACUCUAAAGGCCAUUUGCUAAGCAGCAUUUAGCAUCUACUCAGGGCAGUUAUAUAAAUGAACUGCUGGACAGAAAAAUUGUAAAAUUUAGCAGCUUGAUUUUACGUUAGCCUUUGAAAUGUUAUUGUCUUAUAAAAAGAACAUUAAAAUAUUUAAUAUUUCUUUCUUAUUUACACAUCAUAAGAGAUUAAAUUUUGGAAAAUCUUAUUAAAACCAAUAAAGACUCUAUACUAAGAAUAUUAAGGGAAAAAUCUGAUACCAGCUAUCAAAGACAAAAACGUGUAUUUCCUGUUUGUGUACUCACUUAAUUCCAUAUAUACCUACAUAAGAAUAUAUCUAUUUCUAAAAAAUAAUAUUUGGGGUCAACUUCACCAAACUUCUCAGUUGACCAUGGUUAAGAUUAAUGAAAAAGUCUUAAAAUAAUUAGCAAAUUUUCAGUUUUCUGAAUGGGAGAUAUUUACUUGUGUCUUUCAGUGUCAGAGAAAGAAAUCAGGGCUGCCUAAGGGUUUUUUAUUUCAGCACCUAUUUCUCAUUAAAAUAAUGCCAAAUUAAGGGGAAUUUAGUGUAUGGUGACUGGUGAUUUUGAACACAAUAAUGCUCGGCAUACAACUUCAGACAUCUUAAAGGCACUUGGUUUUAAGAGGGUUGACACUUGGUGCUCUCUGAAAAUAAUUGAAAAAUCAAUGUUCAUUAUGGCAUCUGAAGCUGGAACAAUGGCAAACUCAAAAAUCACUAAUCACUGACAGAAAAUCUUGACCUUGCAAGUUCCUUAGACAGCUUUGAAAUUCCCAUCUAGUAUUAGCUUCAUCAUUGAACAUAAAAAAAAAAAGUUUUCCUAUACUAAGUUUGGUGACUAUGAUAAUUUCUGAGGACCAAUAUUUGUAUUCAGUGAAGUUUUACAGUUUAUCAUUGUUUCAUUAUCUAAAUGAGAUAUAGUGGAAUUAUCCCAGUAGGACACAACUGGUAUGCUUUCAUGAAUGUUUUUGUGUAGAUUUUUUUCACAGACAUGAGUCAAUAAAUUAUGUUUCCUGAAAUGAUUGUAGUCCCAUUUUAAAACUGUGACUAGACCAAUAAAUGCAUGGAAAAACUAUAAUAGAAAGUACUCUAGUGUGAAAGGUAUUGUAUUACUAUUGGAGUUCAUCUUACUAUUUCUAACAAGCUUAGAAGGCAAAAUUUCCUCUAGGUAAAUCACUGUCAAGCAUGGAUAUUUGUUCAUAAUAUCUAAAUGAAACUAAAUAAUUAAAAAUGCACAAUUCUAUAGUAAUUUAUCUACUUCCUCAACAGUUAAGAGUCCCUGAAACUAUUGCACAUUAUUGUCAUAAACAGUUACACCACAUGAACAACAGGCCUUAUUCAUAUCCCCUAGACCCACAAACACUAUCUCCCACAAAUGCUGCAGAAGGUAAGCCACUUUUAAAGUCCCUUUCCCUAAAGAAGCUCAGUCACUUCCAAAGCUCUAUUCAUUUCCCACCCUAUAUCUGCAAGACAUUUUAGACACCUUUCUGAAUGCUUUUGUAUACAAGAAGGGUGAGGAACUUGGUAAUGUUAGCUUGGGGAAGAAAUGGCAGGACAAGGAGAGGCUUCAGGUUAGAAGGACCAUAUAUCCCCCUUCCAAUUCAUGGAAAAAUGAGCAAAAGAUAUGGAUAAUAUUGCUUCAUUUCUUCUGCAUUCUCCCUUCUGGAGUCAUGGGAGCAGUAAUGACCAGAGGAGUUACAAGUAGUGUGAGUCCAGUUUACAAAUAGUUGAGUAGUCCACUUGGAGUCAGAGACUGUGUAAAGACACAGGACCAUUCUGUAGAUGGUCCUGUCCUUCAUGAUGAUCCUCCAAAUUUGGAAGAAGGUACAUAGGUUGCCAUUGUGGGGGGAGCUCCAAGGUCAUGAUCUUGUAGAGACCUUUUUUUCCCAAAGUCCUUUUUCCACUGGGUUUUUCUUCUUCUCCCCCACCCCCACCCCUUCUCUCUCUCUCUCUCUCUCACACACACACACACACACCUUUUGCAGGUGUGUAAAAUCCUGAGCCAAUAAACUAUAAAUACAGACAUAGAAGUCCAGAUGCCAAGUGUGAAGCUGAGCAUGUUACUAGACUAAGAUAUGUGUGGCUAAGAAGGUGGGUGGGGGUGUGUGUGUGUGUGUGUGUGUGUGUGUGUGUGAGAAAAUUUGGCUUGCAUGACCUUUGCAGCACCUUGCAGACCCUUGAAUCUGACCAACUGCCACCAUAAAGUAGAAGAGAUGCAAACCUAUGCUAUCUAUAGCUAUCUGUCCAUGUCUUAGUGGCCUUUUGGAUAGAGUACAGCAGCACCCUUAUCCAGCCUGUGACCAUGCUUCAUGCACAACAGAUUCUAAGGGACCGGUGGCUGAGCUGGCUCUGUACCACCUAGAUGCUCCCUCUGGAUAAGAAUAAUCCCAGAUGUUCUGAUCUUCAUAUUUCAGCACAAAGGGGCCAUAGCACAAUAGAGAAUUAGCACUUCUUGCCACUCCCAAGUAAUUCUGAGUUUUAAUAUGAUCACUAUGGACAAUUAUUCAGCUGAAUAAUCCCACUGAAGAUUGUCUGAGUCACAUUUUGGAAGUCUCAGUCUAAAAUGAGGUUUACUAUGUUAUUUGACAAAAGGCCUAUUGGUUUUCUAGUGUUCUAGUGGAGGUCAAGCUAGUCUUGGAUUACCAGAUAUAUAACUAUAUCUAUUAUCAUUAUAACAAAUAAAGUUAAGAGAUAAUUUACUGGGAGCACAUUUUUACAAAAAAAAAAAAAAAAAUCAUGACUUAAACUGUAAACAGUUUUUAAAAUUAAUAUAAAAGUAUACAAUUAAUUAUGAAAUGGUCACACAUAGGCAAAAGGACAUACAUUUUAGGUGUACACACACACACACACACACACACACACACACACACACACAGAGAAACUGACCCCGCUUUACUUUUAUAAAUAUCAAAGUUAGUAAACAUCCUAAAUUUUGGAAUGAGCUUCCUACAUGCUUGAAUGAUAUCUGAAGAGAAUGCUUAAGAGCUGGUUAAAGUCUGUGCUAUUUUCUGUUCUUGGGGAGAAAAACUAUAAUUCAAAUGAGUUCAUGUGCUGUGUCAUUAUUAUCUUGUAUUUCACAAUGUAUUGGAAUUUUGA